AUGAAGAGUUGUCGCGUGGCUCACAAUUCUGGUUUCGCCCUGCAGAUUGUUUCUGCUUCUGUGGGUGUUGUGUCGGAAGAUUAUCUAAAGAGACUUAUGUAUCCGCUCGUCGUGCCCAUCGAUAUGCCUCAUCCGGUGAGCCAGGGUCCGCUGGCGCUGCCGCCACCGACGUCCGCGCCCGCUCCGAAUUCCGCGCCGUGCGCCGCGCCGCGCACCAUCGUCAUCCAGCGCCCCGACGCGCGCCACGGAUUCGGAUUCACUUUGCGCCACCUUGUCGUCUAUCCCCCGGAGUCACUGCAGGAGCUGUACGAGGAUGCGCGGCACCUGGCCGUGGGCGCGGUGGGCGCGCCAAUGGACACGAUCUUCGUGAGGUCCGUGCGGCCGGGCGGGCCGGCGGCGGCAGCCGGGUUGCGGGCCGGCGACCGCGUGCUGGCCGUCAACGGCGAGCCAGUGGCGUGCGGCCGCUCGCGCGCGCCCUACGCUCGCGUCGUGCAGCUGGCGCAGCGCGAGCCGCGCACCUUGCGACUCACUGUCGUGCCGCGCGACCACGACCUGUUGCAGAGGUACUUCAGCGAAGCCGCGUACAACCCAGAAACGAACCAGCGUCCGGACAUGCCGGCGCCGGCGAGCGAGGCGGAGCCGCAGCGGCGGCCGCGCGCGUCGUUGCCCGCGCCCGCGCUCGCGCGCCGCGACGACCCGGAGUACGCGAGCGUCGCUUCACUGGCGCCCUCGCGGUACCUGGCCAACGCGCCACACUUCAUGCUGCACGAUGGCAGGAGGGAAUCCGACACCUCACUGCCGUCGUCCGCGGCCGAGAGCAAAGACAGCCUCGGUUCCUUCGACUCUAAUUCGACCCUAACCGGCCGCGAGAUUGACGACUCGAUUAUCCUGUCCCGAAUACGAAAGAGUCUCGAGCAGAAGGAGGCAUUCUUAAGACGUCCCAGCCAACCCACCGGUUGGGUCACGCCGGACACCCCGCAACCGAUCAAGCAAAAGGAAUUCUAUGCGCGACCGCAAAAGUUACAGAAGCCAGCAUGGCCCCCACCGCCUUCGUCACCGCCGCUUGCCGCCUCUCCACCCCCGUCACUUAUCACACAAACGCAGAGUCAAGAACAGACCUCAAAAAAGGAAGAAUGUUCCGCGAGCGUGGAUAGCGGAACGUAUAGUGGCUACGGCGAAGUAAACGGAACAACUGACAAAACUAAACCGAAACAGGAUAAGAGUCAGUUUGUAACGACCUUGUCGAAAAUACAAGAAACGGCACCGAGUAUUCAGAGCACCCAUGUCGGAACAGUACUUAAUGGUGCUGCUUCUGAGACCACGAGCGAAAAUAAAGAAGAGAGCGCGACAUCAAAUAACCAGGAGAGCAGCAGGUACCGCGGCGCGGAGCUACAGCUGGUGACGGCGCGCACGCGGCAGCUGGAGGAGGCGCGCGGCGGCGAACGCCGCACAGAGGUGGCGCGCAGCGAGCUGGCGCGCCUUUCCAGCGCGCGCCUCGAGCCCAGCGUGGCGCUGCGCCGACGCGACUUUGAGAGCCGCGCCGCGCGCCGCACCGCGCGCUCGCUCGAUGUCCACCCGCACACAGAAUUAGAACAUGAAACUAUAACCCUCGGUAGCAGUCUGUCAGGAAACCAGUUGAUGAUCACAGGAAGCAAACACCUGCAUUGCCCUCCUCCAGAAGAAUAUGUGCCCGAAACAGAAAAAGUUCAGAUGCGAACUAGGUCAAAUAGCACCGGAAGCGAAGGAUUACCCAUUAGAAGACAUCAUGCCACAGAUGGCAGUCACGCGAAGCGACGUAUGGGGCUGAACAGGGAGCAAAUGGAAGAGAUGAACCGCGUGUCGCUGGGCGGCGCGGGGGCGGGCGGGGCGGCGCGCCCCACGCACUUGAGCCUGGCGCCGCGCUCCGACUCCACGUCGGCUGCCACCUCGCCCUCGCCGACGCCCAGCACGCCCCACGACUCAGGUUUUGCUGACGAUCUGGUAACAAGAAGACAGAAGAAGGAUGCUCAACUGGGCGAAGAAGAACGUGCCAUGCGAAGGGUGUCGUACCUGAAAGCUACAUGGGGAGACAGGCUGCACUUAGACAGCGAUGUGGAACAAGACUCUGAACAUCUCUCUCAAAGAAGUGCAUAUCGCAAGUGGCGCCCUCCUCGUUUCACGGACGACAUAACGCCGCUGCUGCGAAUAUUCGACCCCAAUGCAACACUCCCCGCCCGUGCGGAGAAGCAGGGAGAGGACGGUGCGGAGGAGGGCGCGAGCGAAGCCGAGCCCGAUGUGCAGGGACACGUGCAGGUCAAGAUGGUGGUCAGCAACGGAAAGCGCGCCAGCGACAGAUCGUGGAAACAAGUGUGGGCGGUUCUGCACGGGACCAAGCUAUACCUAUAUAGGCACCAUCCUAGUCAGAUACCCAAAAAUUCCUUAAAGCCCUCUUAUGCUAAUUUAUCAGAGUUCCAUUACAUUCGAAGGAAGCGUUAA